GCCCGUGGAGCUGUUUACUUUCCCACCAUGGUCUCGCUUCUCUGAAUGGAUGCAGCGCUAUGCGUCGCCGAGAGGAAUCAUGGUAGUCGUCACCUCGGUGCUGAAGCUGGUGCAGAGGCAGACCUACACCUGCCUGUCGCACCGCUACGGGCUCUACCUCUGCUUCGGGGGCAUCGUCCUCAUGAUCGUUUCCGCCUUCCAGUUCGGAGAGGUGGUGGUUGAGUGGAGUCGAGACCAGUAUCAUGUCCUGUUUGACUCCUACAGAGAUAAUGUUGGUGGAAAAUCCUUCCAAAGCAGGCUCUGUCUGCCCAUGCCCAUCGACGUGGUGUACACGUGGGUGAACGGCACAGACGUGGCUCUGCUGAAGGAGCUGAAGACGGUCAAAGAGCAACUGGAGGAGGAACAAAGAGCUCUGAGGGAACGUCUGGGGAAAAAUGCAAGCGAGACAACAGAAGUGCCCAAAGACAGUGGUAAACAAGAAUGUCUCCUGUCCCACUGCAUCCUGGCGCCCAUGCUGGUCCUGGACCCCGCCCUGCCGGCCAACGUCUCCCUCAAAGAGCUGCCGUCGCUCUCCGCCUCCCUCGCCGCCGCCAAAGAGCUGCAGCUGAUCACAAAACCCUUAGUGUCUGUGGUCGUCUUCCACUCGCAGGCUGACGCUGAUAAAGCCUUUACAGAUGUGUCCAGAGAAGAGCAGAAAUUCACUGUGUCCAGAUGUUACCUGACGACUGAUAAAGAAGCUCCAGGUCUGAUCCGCAUGCAGACUCUGGCGUAUCUGAGUGGCUUCCCGGCGUCCUAUAAGGAGACGGAGACGCUGCGACUCAAACUCCCCUCGGUCAUAACCAGCAAGAUCAAACAGUUUGAGUUGUACUCUGAGGCAAGCAUCGCCCUGCUCCACCUGAACACCCAGCAGGACUUCUCUGACCUGACGCAGCAGGCGAAGAAGAACCUGACACUGGACGGGAAAGAGUUAACCAUCAGCCCCGGCUACCUGUUCUGGGACCUCACCGCCAUCUCUCAGUCCAAACACGAUGAAGACGUCUCCGCCAGCAGAUUCGAGGACAACGAGGAGCUGCGCUACUCGCUGCGCUCGGUGGAGCAACACGCUCCCUGGGUGAGGCACAUCUUCAUCGUCACUAACGGGCAGAUUCCCUCCUGGCUCAACCUGGACAACCCCAGAGUCACCGUCGUCUCACAUCAGGACAUCUUCCAGAACCACAGCCACCUUCCCACCUUCAGCUCUCCGGCUAUAGAGACCCACAUCCACCGCAUCCCCGGGCUCUCCCAGAAGUUUAUCUACCUCAACGACGACGUGAUGUUUGGCAAAGAAGUGUGGCCGGACGACUUCUACAGCCACUCCAAAGGACAGAAGGUGUAUCUCACCUGGCCGGUUCCUAGCUGUGCUGAGGGCUGCCCAGGCUCCUGGAUCAAAGAUGGCUACUGUGACAAAACUUGCAAUAACUCUUUGUGUGACUGGGAUGGAGGAGACUGCCAGGGCGCAGCUGGGAACGGUCGGUUCGCCGCGGGUGUCGGUGGCGAGCCCGGUGAAAGGGGUGGACAUUUGUGGCAAUACGGUGGUGGUAUCGGAGGACUCGGGGGGACGUCCUAUUGCAAUCAAGGCUGUGCCAACUCCUGGCUUGCUGACAAGUUCUGUGACCAGGCCUGCAAUGUCCUGGCGUGCGGCUUCGACGUGGGCGACUGUGGCCAAGAGCAUUUUGACGAGCUGCACGGUGUGACCCUCCAGAGGAACCGGACCCUCUACACCCUCCCCCUGGGAGAGGUCAGGCCAUUUUUCAGCUUCAGAAAUUUUGCCCGCAGAGUCUCCGAGGCCCAGGUCAGCGACAACCCGGUGGUCCGUCACACCUCUGUCGCCAACAAAUGGCAGACCGUCCACUUGCUUCUUUAUCCCGGACACAACGCCACGCAGAUCCAGUACAACCUCACCUUCCAAAGACACGACGACACGCAGUUCACGAUGACUUUCGGCGUAGCUAUCGACACCCGCGAGGUUCCUCUUGCCAACGUGUCCAAGACCACAAGCAAAGACGUCAGCAAAGAGUCAAAGCCGACGCUGGCUCCUGAUCCCGUUGUGGCUUUCUCAGAUGUUCCAGAGGACAAACGAGGUCCGAGGAUCCAGACGAGGCAGCCGCAGAUCAUCAUCGAGGUCCCUUUACUGAACGUGUCACUUUUACCAGCUGUCGUACGCACUGAGCUGCAGAAGCUGGAUGAGAAGCUGCUCAACGGUGACAUUACUGUGAAGGGUUAUAACCUCACAAAGGCCGAGCUUCUCAAACCUUUCAAGGCACUGGCUCAACAGCAGCAGGUCGCUGAUGAGGGUGAAGCCAAGGUUCAGAAGAAGCCUUAUAAAGACCUGGAGGGAGAGCCAAAACAAAAAGCUGAAAGUAUCGUUCAGCAGAAUCACAACGCAAAUAAAGACGCGGCUGUGAAAGAACCACCGGUCCCUCCUCUUGUCCCCGUCCACAUCGAUGAUGUGCACAAAGAGCCGGAAACAUCUAAACCUCCCGUGAAACCUGCCAUCGAAAAACCUUUGACUUUCAAGCUGCUGAAAGAAAUCUCCAAAAUCAGAAGUGCUGAGAGUCAGAAUGAUCCGACCAACGCUGCAGGAGGAGGAGCUCGAGUCGGGAGGAGGCUCCAGCACUUCGCCUCCUCAGAUCGAGGCUUCCUGCCGUGGGAGAAGAGGAAGUACUUCCAGGGACUACUUGAGGAAGGGGAACGUCUGAAGAAAGAGCUGAUGUACGUGACCGACGGCGGCGCCACUGCCCGGAGGCUGCGGGACACUUUUGGCGAAUCCCUUCGCUACGUCAACAAGCUGCUCAACAGACAGUUUGGCUUCACGUCCCGCAAAGUCCCGGCACACAUGCCUCACAUGAUCGACCGACUCAUCAUGCAGGAGAUGCAGGACACAUUCCCAGAGGAGUUUGACAAGACCUCAGCCCACCACGUGCGUCACUCGGAAGACAUGCAGUUCGCCUUCUCCUACUUCUACUUCCUGAUGAGCGCUCAGCAGCAGCUCAACGUCUCCGAGGUGUUUGAUGAGAUCGACACUGAUCACUCGGGCGUUCUGUCCGACCGGGAGAUUCGAACUCUCGCCACAAGGAUCCACGAGCUGCCCCUCAGCCUCCAGGAUCUGACUGGCCUGGAGCAGAUGUUGAUCAACUGUUCCAAGACUCUCCCGACCAACCUGACCCUGCUCCACCUGGUGAACCCCACUCAGGAGACCUACUACGACCCCAGCAUGCCUCCUGUUACAAAAGGCCUCGUCCUCUACUGUAAGCCCAUCACAGAACGCAUCCUCAAAGCCUUCAGAGACCAGAAUAAGUACAAGUUCGAGAUCAUGGGAGAGCAGGAGAUAGCGUUCAAGAUGGUGCGGACCAACGUGUCGCAUGUGGUCGGCCAGUUAGACGACAUCAGGAAGAAUCCGAGGAAGUUCAUCUGCCUCAACGACAACAUUGACCACAGCCAUAAAGACGCUGCCACAGUGAAAGCUGUGCUCAGAGACUUUUACGAGUCCAUGUUCCCGCUGGCGUCCCAGUUUGAGCUGCCCAGGGAAUAUCGCAACAGGUUCCUGCACAUGGACGAGCUCCAGGACUGGCGGAUUUAUCGAGACAAGCUGAAGUUCUGGACUCACUGUGUCCUCGUGACGCUUGUCAUCUUCACCGUCUUGUCCUUCUUCGCCGAACAGCUCAUCCUGCUGAAGCGAAAGCUGUUCCCCAGACGCAGAGUGAACCAGGACAUCAACCCCGAGCGGGUGUGAUACAGGAAGACCUCCCUCUCCUCCUCCUUUCUGCACUUCCACCUCCGCCCCUCUCUCCUCCCGGCUCAGUCGGGCGGAUCCAGACGAGUAGUGGAAACAGGAACCCGACGUCCUCGCCGCUCGUGUUUCAUCAGCACGGACGGACGACACGUGAGAUAUGGCGAUGAGACGUUUUUAUUUCAGAAGAUGAUGGACGGAGCUGGCCGACGAACGAAAUGAUGAAGCCUGUGCAUCUUCAUGUCGUCCACUGGGGGCGUCGGAGACUCUCACACAAACAAAACAUAAAACACUCCCCCCUGCACGGCACCACUCCUCAUGUCCCGUCCUCUGUGUCAUGGAUCGAUGUGUUGAGGUGUCAAACACUUGAUCGGACCGUGUGUGUGUGUUUGUGUGUGUGUGCAUGUGUGUGUGCGUGUGUGUGCACACAGCUGGAACAAAUCAUGUCAACUAUUUAAAAAAUAUAAGAGUCCGAAAGCCAAACAUGCCAAAAAUGAUGGUACUCCUUAAAGCUCUUAUUUUCUACUCUCUCCUGUUAAAUCUUCAUAAAUCAAUUAACGUGAUGGUACAGACAGUUUUUUCGAAGAUGUCGCUUUUUUCACAAUUUUAUAGACAAAAUGAUGAAUUGAUAAAAGAUCGGGUUAGUAAGUUGUUUCUUUUCUCUCACUUUUUAUCUUCUUUGUUGAAAUCCUCGUCACUUCCUGAUAGCCAGUCGUCUGAAAAUUGGUCAGCAGAUGAAUAAGAUUCUUACUUGGUGUUUGGUUGUGUUCGGCGUUUACCUCUAUGGCUUUAUUUUAAAGGAAAGGAGCGUUAAGAACGUAGAGGACGAAUAAGGAAUACUUCAUUUACAUGUCAUUUUAUGUCCAUUGUCGUUAAAACCAAGAAAACUUGAAGUGCCUUCUUUGUUCAUUCCUGCUUGUUUGAACAUAAUUAUUUUUAAACGUCUGAUUAUGAACGUUGACCCGUGCACAUCACACUCUAACCUGGUGAUGUACAAUGGGAAUGAAUGGGAUAUAGGAUAAUAUAAUGAUCAUUCUUACUCUGGUACCAAUGCACCUGAUUGUCGGAGCUACGUGAUGCUGCAACUGUCAUGGCCGCCUGCACGCGUGUCCCCGUGGGACUCAACAGGAUCGCCGCUGUCUGAAAUUCAGACGCCCUCCGCAUGUUCUCUGACUUACUUUCAUUGUUAUCGUGAGACAAGCGACGUGUGCGUCUGAUGUGAAUGCUGCUCGUCACCUCUUCAAGACCUUUAUCUCUGAAUGUCACUUUUACCAACUUUCUUUACUAUAAUAAUGUCAAACCGACACAGAGGCGACUCCCAGAUGUUGUCAGCGCUUUGCCUCUAAGUCAUGUGAUGCGUCACCGGGCGAGGCAAUGAGUCACGUGUUUUGGAAAUGUGGUUAUGAUGAUUGCAUCAGUGGAACGGUUCCUCUGACUGAAAUAAAAGUGGUUUGGUUCGGUC